GCUGUUCAUCUAGCGCGCGCGGUUGGCGGCGGGCGCAGUUUCGGUGAGAUGUCAGAGCAAGAAGAGAACGGCUUGUUUGAAGAACCAGAUUAUGAAUUUGAAGAGGAUGAGACUUUUCCUCCCUUCCCACCUCCAGCCUCUCCAGAGAGAGAUCCUGUAGAAGCUGACCCUGAUGAAGAAUCAGGAAAUAGAGCACCUGUUCCUGUACCGCCAAAGAGAACAGUUAAAAGGAAUCUACCCAAGCUAGAUGCUACUAGAUUAACUUCAGAGAGAGGGCUUCCAGCCUUAAGGCAUGUGUUUGAUAAUACAAAAUUCAAGGGGAAAGGUCAUGAGGCUGAAGACUUGAAAACGCUAAUCAGACACAUGGAGCACUGGGCACAUAGGUUAUUCCCCAAACUGCAGUUUGAAGAUUUUAUUGACAGAGUUGAAAAUUUAGGAAAUAAAAAGGAGGUUCAGACCUGUUUAAAACGAAUUCGACUUGAUCUCCCCAUUGUACAUGAAGAUUUUGUUACCAAUGAUGAUAAAGUUGAGGAAACUAACAGCCUCGAUGCAACUGCUGCUGGAUUUGAUCCCUUUGUGACAAGUUCACCUGACAGCAAGAAGUUGGCUUCUGAAUUAAGUAGAAGCCUGACAGAAGAGCAGCAACAGAGAAUUGAGAGAAAUAAACAACUGGCCUUGGAAAGAAGGCAGGCAAAGCUACUGAAUAAUAGCCAGUCCUUAGAAAAUGACGUGUUAAUGAGUACAUCCUGGGCACAGACAGUUAAAGAGAACAGUAUUGUUGAAGAUCAAGAAGAGUCAAAUGGAUUAAACAUAGACACUGCAGAUGGCCCACAUGAUGCUCCUUCUGCUGAUACAAACGAAGAGGAACAUUUCAAAGCAGAGGAAACACAGCCGGACCAUACUAACUUAGACUAAUCCAGAUAUGUUAUAAGUAGCCAGCCCUCCACAGCAAAAUUCUGCAAGUUUGGAGUUAUUUGUAUUUUUUUUCUACUUUGUAUAAGUCCUAUGAUUUCUAUGGAUUUCUGCUUAAAAUAUAGUGACUGUUUAUAAUUGUCUUUCCUACUUAUUUUAGUUAAGUAUUUAUUAUUUUUGGUGUGCUAUAUAAAUCUGACUUUAUAAGCUGUUCUAGUUUGUAUUGAAUUCUUUUUCACUAAAUUGGGUACUGUUUUAAAAUGUAAAUAUGCACUGACUAGUAGGUCAGUUUUUAUAAAGAAAUAAAUCUAUUUUUGCA